ACUUACAUAUCAGAAAAUCAUAAGAAUUGAAAAUGCCUUCAGGUCCAAAGAAGAGAGCGGCUAGGAAAAAGCAAGCAGAAGCCCAACUUAUUCCCAGCACAGAUGGAGUGAGUGGCAGCUGCUGCAUUGUUAAAGAUGAAAAGAAGCCUAAUGAAAAUGAAACUCCUGAACAAGUCCCAGUUAUCAGGAGAACAGGGAGAGCUCGGCAACAGCCUUCUUAUUUGCAGGAUUACCAUUGCCACUUACCCAGCAAAACACUUGGCGACCUGUCCGAGGUUCUUGUCUGUGAUACUGGCAAUGCUGUUCUCCAUUUGGUUCCUAAUAAGGAAGAUGAGACAGACGAUAUUGAAUCAAGUGGCGGCGUGUUUGUGAACCCAUCUGAAUACCCUUUAGAACUGAAUAAUAAUAAUGCGAUUGAGGCAUAUGGUGGUGGUGUUGGAGAUGAAGUUGAAGUUUACAAGGUGGUGGAAAUGUUGGAGCAGAUUGAGUGUUUAGUGCAGGAGGUGAAAGGUCUUGUAACUAAGCACCAACAAUAAAUGUAAACAACCUUCUAGCUGGCUUACUAGUUGCUACGUAGUACUAUGCUGCUUGCUUAAAAUAUUUUGGUAUGUAUUAAAUUAAAGCCCCCUGGCUAGUAAGGUUUAGUUUU